GAUCGACUGGAAAAUUACUGUCAUGCUGUCAUGCGUCUGCCGAUCAGAACAAUAUUCCUGUUGAGUUUUCGCCCGAUGAAACCCAGCUGAUAGGGUCCAUACGGACCCAAAAAGUGACGUCAAUGAUUGAAGUAGAUGACACCAUCCAGGGCAGCACCACCGAAGGAUGCGUGGGAGGGAUCCAAGCGAUAUCUCAUGAUGGAUUAAUUCUGGCAAAUGCUCACAAAGAAUAUACCCUCACCCUCUACGACUUGACAAACAGCUCAAGCUAUGUUUUUGCCAAAUUACGCGGUAAACCCCUUACCUUGCCAGUGUUAUCGGCAGACGGUUCAAUGCUGGCUUGUGUUGUUGCCAAGGGUAUAUGGGUCUGGGACACACUGGUACCAGGGUCCACUAUCUGUCAGCAUAAAAAUCUAGAGAGUAUUUCAAUCACAUCCAUCGAAAUAUCACCAGAUGCAAAGCGUCUCUUGUACUGUGCGCAAGAGAAGAAUUCGGUCAAUAACAGUACAGUGGUCUUCAUGCUGGAUAUAAUGAAGAAUCAAAUUAUAGCUAGGCAUUCUCUUAAUCUGGAUUCAAGCUGUCACACAUGUUUGAAUCCAAAUAGCGGUCAGGUAAUAUUAACAUCCAAUCGAGGCUUCAAGGUCUGGGAUGCACCGAUGGAGAA